AUGAUUAGACUCAACGUGCUUCGCGCCUUGAUCUCCGAGACCAACAACGCCGCCAAAACCGCCUCCCCGAUCCAGACAGAUAUCCAGCUCUUGUCCCUCAUCCGGAAACGCUUGAACGCUGCUAAGGAUGCCGCCAAGGAGUUUGAAACCGCCGAGCGACCCGACCUGAAGGAGAAAGAGGAUGCGCAGGCUGUAGUACUGGAGGAGUACGCCGGUCAAAUCAAGACCCUUCCCUUGGCCGAGAUUGAAGAAAUUGUGGCUACCGCGAUCAAUGCUAUGGUCAGCGCCGGUCAAAAGCCCAACCAAGGAACUGUGUUCAAGACCCUUUUCGCCGAGGAUGGUCCGCUCAACGGAAAGCCAGUGGAUAAGAAGAACGAAGUUGGUCCGGUGGUGGCAGCAGCACUCAAGAAGAUGGCCUCUUGA